AUGGGUUGCUGCCAUUUGGGUCCCUCAUUUCCGACUUGGCUCAAGUCACAAAAAUAUGUCGACCAUUUGGAUUUCUCAAAUGCUAGCAUUUCUGGCUCCAUACCUUACUGGUUUUGGGAAUUUUCUUAUUCAUUAUCACAUUUGAAUCUUUCUUUUAAUCAACUAGCAGGUCAACUACCAAGUCCAUUAAAGUUUGGUUCACAUGCCCCUAUAUCGAUGUACCUAUCAGGUGUAGUUGUGGAUUUCAGCUCAAAUAACUUCAGUGGUUCUGUUCCUAUUCCAAGUGGCAGCUUUUACUUACUCGAUCUAUCCAAAAAUAAAUUUUCUGGUAAUAUUCCAAAUAAAUGGAAUAUUACCGGUGGUACCUUUGUUUUCCUUUCUAUUGCUAACAACCAGAUAAAUGGAGAAAUUCCUGCUUGGAUAGGCAACAUUGUUCCUGUACUUGAAGUCUUUGAUCUUUCCAAUAACAACUUAAUAGGAAGUAUUCCAUCAAGCAUUGGAAAUUGUUCUGGUCUUGCUGCACUAGACCUUAGUAAUAACCAUUUGUCUGGAACCAUUCCUACCUUCUUGGGUCAAUUAAGUGGGCUUAAAUCAUUGCACCUAAAUGAUAACAAGUUCCACGGACAGCUCCCAUCAUCUUUCGAAAACUUAUCGAGUUUGGAGACCCUAAGUCUUGGGAACAACAGAUUAAAUGGUAGCAUUCCACCAUGGAUUGGGAAAGGCUUUGAAAGUCUAAGAAUUCUUAGCUUGAGGUCUAAUUCCUUUUCAGGAGAACUUCCGGCUCUGUUAUCAAAUUUAAGUUCAAUACAGAUCCUGGACCUAGCAGAAAAUCAGUUGACAGGCAGUAUUCCUGCUAGCUUUGGACAUUUCAACGCUAUGUUACAAGCCCAAAUCAUAAACCGUUAUCUAUGGUAUGGGGCUGCCCCUAUUUACCAAAAUGCCGCAUAUGGGAAAAAUACUGAUGGCUACAUAGGUACCAUGGAGUUUGGCAACUAUUAUGAAAGCUUUGUUGUAAAUAUGAAAGGCCAACUUUUAAGAUACACCAAGACCCUCUCUCUUGUAACCAUGCUAGACCUCUCAGGGAAUAACUUGAGUGGAGAUCUUCCUAUAGAGAUGACAAAUUUGUUGGGUUUGGUCGUUCUCAACUUGUCAAGAAACCGUUUCACUGGUCACAUUCCCAAGAGCAUUUCGAAGCUGAAGCAAUUGUCUUCUCUUGAUCUCUCGAGUAAUAGGUUCUCCGGUGCUAUUCCUCAAAGCUUAGGGUCACUCUCAUUCCUGGGGUAUCUGAAUCUGUCAAACAAUGAAUUGUCUGGUCCUAUUCCUGAUAAUGAUCAUAUGCUCACUUUCAAUGCAUCCUCUUUUGCUGGAAAUGUUGGCCUUUGUGGUGGUCCACUUGCGGUAAAAUGUCCAGGUGAUGACGAAAAUGAGAAACCAGAUAAGGGAUGGAUGACUCCCGUGGAUACUGGUAAUGGUGACAGCUUCAUUGAUAAGUGGUUUUAUUUGAGCAUUGGACUGGGAUUUGCAGCUGGAAUUCUUCUCCCGUAUUUGAUAAUGGCGAUGAGAAAAUCUUGGAGUGCAGCCUACUUUGAUGUUGUUGAUAAAGCUGUGGAUAGAAUACUAUAUCUGUGGUUGAAAUAUAGAAACAUGAAGCAGAGAACUAAAGGGCAUCAGCGACGAAGAUAAAGAUUGGGGAAGGUGAGAAGCUUGACCAAAUAUUCAAGGAGAAAGCAAAGAGGUUUUCAAUGUCAACUUUAUUUCUUUGGAAGUGAAUUUCAGGGACACUAUUGAAAGGAUGCAGGAGAAGGGUGGUUUCCUCGUAGAUUAUAUAAUUAUAAGUAGUACAUUUCUUUUUUAUGCUUCACUAUCCCAACCUUCUAUAAUUUGUGAUGGUUUUAAAAGCUGUGUUCGAUCAAUAUUAUAGUAAAUGUUAAUUUCUACCAGUUUUCAGCC